AUGACUUCCACAUCGGAAGACGAUCUCUUCGCUUCUGCGAUUGCAAAACUCCACCAGAAGGUGCCUCAUGUCAUCUUGCAAGAAGACUAUGAUUCUUUCUACGCUGGCAGCUAUUCGUCAAGCUGCAAGAACAUCGACCAAGCCCGUGACUUGCUAAUAUCGAUGGGUAAGGAGAAGAAGUAUCGCGGUAAAUUCCACCGGUUUUUCGAGGGCCUGAACAGGCUACUGGAACCGCUCCGCAUCCUCAAGGACGCACUCGACACUUUGUGCCAGGUGGAGGGGACAUUCUGCUUGGUAUGGGGCUCUAUGAAGCUUCUUAUUGAGAUCGCCAAGGAAGUUUCCCAAGUACCCGUCCUCGUGAGCGAAGGCAUCGAGAAACUUGUCGGUUUAUUCCCCACAUGGGAGACAUAUAGUGAGAUCCUCUCUGAGGCAAACAACAUCAGGCUCCGGCUUCAGGAGCCGUUGGUUGAAAUCUAUGUUGAGUACCUGACCUUUUGCAUUCUUGCAAGCAAGCUUGCCAAGAACAAAAUAAAAACAACCCUUCAACAUAUCACUCUCAGGAUGCUUAAAUACGAGGCGAUGUACCGUGAAUCAUACACUAAUCAUCUGCUUCUCGUCGGAUCGUCUAAGGAGAAAUUCUUCAACUCCAUACAGGAGGCUUUGCAGGCCAUUGGCCUGCCGCAGCGCUUGGAUCAAGAACCUAGGCUCAAGCUAUUUGGGCUACAUGAUUGGCUUUUGAAUUCAAGAGACUGGCUACUUCUCAUCGACAAUGCUAGGUCUGAGUGCGUUGAGGGAAUUAGACAGCUACUGGCUAGCGAUACACAGGGGCACGUCAUCCUCACAACUCAGUCGCAAUCCGUCGCCACAAAUCUUUUCGGCAGAUCCAAUUCGUUUCCACUCGAGAAAAUGGAACCAAAUGAUGCUGUGCAGGUCUUUAUCAGUGCAGCAAGCUUGGACCAAACGGACUCGAAUCUUGAGUUAGGACAAGAAAUCAUUCUCCGUUGGGAUGAUGGUUCGGAUAUCGAGGCUAGCAAGUCCGCCACCCAUCGUUUCGCCAUCGCCAAGCACUUCAAGCUUGUGCUCAGUGAACUUGAGGUCUCACACCCAGACGCCUUAAUGAUGCUGAGGUUUUACUCUUUACUUGAACCAGAGUUGAUCCCACUAUUAGACAGCUGGCAACGGGCCGAUCUCACUCCAGAAUUGCCUCCAUUUACAGUAUCAUCACCACGCAAGGACAACGCCGGGCAAGGAAUCCUUCAAUUUCUCACAUGCUGCCUUAGACGCACCUCCAAGCCCAAGAAAGAAGGGGAGAGAGCUUUGUGGAUGCACGAUUUGACCAAGAAAAUGACGCGAUCGAGCAUUCCUCCGCAUGAUGAUGAAAAGUGGUUGAUCGCUGGAAUCAAUGCUCUUUUUCACCUCAUGCCCGUUGGCGACAGCACAGAUGAGGAGCGCGCGUGGGUCAAUCUUUGUAUUCCCCAAGCCAUGACUCUAGUCCGCCAAGCCGAGUCUAUCAACUUGGAGCUGCAAAAGUAUGGGUCAUUUCUCGCCCUUUGCGCCCUUUGCAACCUCCACCACGGCUCUUGGGCUCUAUCAAAACAACAGUAUGAAAUCGUUCGGCCACUCUACGAGCGACACCUAGGGUUGGAGCAUCAUCGGACCAUCAACUUGCUCAAAGACUUGGCAUGGGCUGCGCGCUUGUCGGGAGAGAUGAAAUCAUCCGAGACCUAUUUCCAAAAGGUUCUGGAGCUGCGGGAAAAGACUUUGGGACCAAAUUCCCCCGACACACUUGAGACUUUGAACGAUUUAGCAACAACGAUUGAACGGGCCGGUAAGCUAAAGCAGGCGGAGCUGAUGUUCCAAAAGCUCUAUGACCGGUACAAUUCGUCCAUCGGACCGGAAGGUGUGAGAACUCUUGCGGCGGCUCAUAACCUUGCGACGUGUCUUCAUAACCAGGGUCGCUUGGCCAAGGCAGAGGAGAUGUACAAGACCGCCCUCGCAACAAGUAGGGGUGCUGAAGACACCGGAACACUCAAAACCCUUAGUAACUACGCAGCAACACUGGACCAUGACGGAAGGUUCGACGAAGCCAAAACUGUUUACGAUGAGGCUCUGACCAAGUUCGUUAAGGCUUUUGGAGUGAAUCAUCUGCUCACGCUCCGACUCCGUGGAAACAUGGCCUGCCUUCUAAAGCAGCAAGGGAAGUUUGAUCAAGCCGAGAAACUCAUGGGUAGCUGCCUGGAAACCGUCCACAGAAUAUACGGCCCCGACAGUUUUGAGGCCAUCGCCGAUUUAUAUUCCCUAGGCGAGGUGUUGCAAGUCAAGGGCGAACUUUGCAAGGCUGUUGAAGCCUACCAAGAGACUCUACGCCGGUCAUCGGGGGAGAUGGCAACGCAUCCGGUAGUUUUUCGAUUUAUUGACUCUCUGGGCGCCGCGGAAAGGGAGAUGGGACAUCUUGAAGUCGCAAACGAAAAGGCCAAGGACGCCUACAGCAAGUUUGAGUCUCUCCUGGGAUGGGAUGAUCCUUAUACUCUAAUGGCUGCCAACGAUUACGCAGAGGUUAUUCACGCAGAUGGCCGAUACAAGGAGGCGUGGGAUCUCUAUACCAGGUGCCAAGAUUCUUUCGAGACUCUUUUAGGACGGGAACACCCACACGUAGCAAUGGUAAUGAAUAAUAUGGGAAGACUGUGCUGGGUCCUCAACGAUGACGACCCUAUGCGGCUAUUCACCGAAGCAAAAGAAAUAUUAGCUACGAGGCUAGGGGCAAACCACUUCUGCACUCUUACCGUCAACCUAAACAUCGCUCGGACGAAAGCCAUGUCGGGUGACUUUGACGGCGCAGUGAGACUGGCAAGCGAAACUCAGAUUGCGCUCAAAAGUCACAUGGGCGAUGAACACCCCCUGACUUUGGCAUCCAACAUCGUCUUGGGGAUCAUAUGUGCUUCGAGAGGGGACACGACUUCACUAACGAAAGCGAAAUAUCACCUUCUCGCUGCCAUACAAACAAAUAAACAUGAUAAACACCCCCUCGGCGCCAAUGUGUUUCUCAGUUUUGGCCUCCUCAUUCUGGUUCUCAAGCGGCUCCCAAAUUCCUCGGUCGACAUCAUCAAUCUUUUGGCAGAUAGCAAAUCCUUCAAAGAUGGGCAGCUUUCGCCGUUUCACAUCCACCCUCGCGGUAAGAUUUCUUUUGAGCAGCUUUGUAACAUGGACACGGAUUCCUUUGACUUCAGCCACUAUAUCCCCCUUUCUAUCGGCGAGACCACGAAGCUUCGGUGGGGUAGGAAAACAUGCUGGAGGGAGAUGGAAAGCGCCAAGUUGCACGUAUGA